UUCUCGCGCAUUUUAUACGCGAUCCCUGUACGGCAAAUGGCCGCCAGCUGUCACACAGCUCCGAAGUGUGGCUUGUUGUAAGAGAACACGACGCGAAUUCGGAGAAGGGCGUUUCUCUUAGCGCGAAGCACGUCGUGAGGACGCGAUGCAGUUAUAUAACGACGCGCAGUUCGCUGACUGAGAUUGACAGGAUCGCCGUGAAUGAGAGAGGGAGGGAAAAAAGAGUGGGAAAAAGAGAGCGUCGAGCGGUGAACGAGUGUGUGGCGCGCCAGCAACGAGCCUCCCCCCCUUCUCCAUCUCAGUGUUGCUUGUACGGUGCCAUGAGAGUGUGGCCAGCUCGACUGUUUGCAAUUUUUAUUUUACAUCAAACGCGUAACUAGUCUGUGUUUACGCGAACGGCGGUGCGGCUGAUCGUCAUCUUUUUUAGCCCAUUCGCCGCGCAAACAUACGGAUUGGCCUCGCAGCCGCGUUUUAAUACUUCCUGCACGUGGUGCUGCAAGACUCCCUCGAGAUACGCUUUCGAUUCGCUUACACCCCAAGGACGCACACAAGGGAAGCAGCAUGGGUUCCAGUCAACAAUACUCUCUUAGAUGGAAUAAUUAUCUAAAACACAUCACUUGUGCUUUCGAUACACUAAGAACAGAUCAAGAUCUCGUAGAUGUUACUUUGAGCUGUGAGGGCAAAAAGAUCAGAGCGCAUAAAAUGCUUUUGUCAGCAUGUAGCACAUACUUUAGAGAUUUAUUUAAGGAAAAUCCGUGCCAGCAUCCAGUCGUAAUAUUCCGUAAUGUAAAAUUUGAUGAUUUGGCUGCUUUGGUAGAUUUUAUGUACCAAGGCGAAGUGAAUGUUGUUCAAGAACAGUUAGCAAGUUUUCUCACAACGGCAGAACUUUUGGCAGUACAGGGCCUUACAGAUGGUACAGGAAAGGAUAAUGACUGUUUAGUAGAGGAUGAUAUAGAAAUUCCUAAUGAGCCUGAAGUCCAAUUGCAGAACACCUCUACAGGCAAAUCUACAGCGGAUAGAAAGAGAAAUACAUCGCCGUCCUCGCCGAUGCCGUACCAUGCCGUUGAAUUGCAGCCUGAAACACCGCCAAACAAAAGGAGAAAAACUCGAGAAAGUACAAAUGCGAAUGCGGAAAAGAAUUCAGCGAGGAACAGUGAGUCGGCGAAGGAUUCCGAUGGAAAAGCGUCGGAAAAUCAAACCGGGUCUAGCUCCGAUCCUGUGGAAAUAAUUCCCCUUAUGCCAAAUUUAAAACUGGAGAUGCCCGAUUAUCUCGAGCAAGACGGUAGCAGUUGUAGUUACGAAGACCAGAGUAUAGGCGACAGUGCAUUGACUAAAAUUGCUAUAGACGAAGCAUCAUCAAAUACACCUGAUCACGAACAAAAGCCCGACAUCAGUCAGACGUUUUACUCGAGUCAAUCGACAUCGGACGGUUUGGACGGCAAACAUCAAUCAGCGGAUGUUGGACACCUACUUUCUAAACCAAGUACUUCUGGAGAGAGACAGUCAAGGCAGGAUGCAGUACAGGAAUCAGAGCACAAUUACGGGAAGCAUCAACCGCAACCGCAACAACAACCGCAACAACAGUCACCGCAGAACACAAGCCUCGUUCUCGACGGGAUCAGGCGCAGGUCUAAGCUGCACUACGUGGUGGAAAGCGGUCGCUGGGUGUGCGAUGUCUGCGGGCGAACCUACAAUCGUGGCGAUUCUCUAGCCCACCAUCGCAGCAUACACAGGGGCGAUACCGUGUGUCCGAUCUGUCAGACGGUCUUCACACGAAAAUACACCAUGCGCUGUCACAUGGUGAACGUGCACGGAGUCAAGUAACCGUUUAAACGGACGUGAAUGUUGCGACGGCGAGGGCUCGACAGGGACGCCCGAUGAAGGGCGAAGCAGGGGUUUCGCAGUUUCCUGCAGAUAUUCUCGCAUCAUUCGUGAAAAACUAGAGCGACCGAAAAGUUUUAAGUAUAUCCUCGGCAAGAGGUGUUCGCGAGUUAUUGCACAAUUAUCUGAUAUCGAUGUAGACAAGUAUUUUUUUUUUUUUAUAUUAAUAUUUUUAUUAUGCGCGGUGUGCAAUGACGAAACGAACGGCAACUUCGAUGAAAUACGAGUCUGGUUUCUCGCGGAUGGUGGUCGAUUACGUAGACUUUUCAAUCGCCCGGACAACAGGGAUAUGAGUCCUUGAACAAUUGACAUCUCUUACGAAAUAGUAAAAUCUUGAAUUUCUCACAUUCCAAUAGAAUCCUGGGAUUCGCGGAUUUUACAAUUUUGGAUUUCGCAGAUCUUGCACGGAAUCUUUGAUUAAGUUAAUUAAAAUUAAAUUUUUUGCUGGUAAAAGGAUUGAAUAGAGAGUAAAUGUCGAAUCGAAUAGUUUCCUCGUGUCUCAUAAACUAAAUCUCGAGGAUCGAUCAUUUUUUGCGAAAUAUGAUCCGCAUUCUUCCAGAUGUGAGAAAAGUUCACGACGUGUACAUAUAUGUGUGUAUAAUGAAAGUAUAAAGUAGGAUAAAAAUUAUCUUUCUCUCCCUUCGGGAAACGAAGCUUGCAAUGCGUCGUACUUAAAUGUCACAGUGACUUUACGAGCCUGCCCGACUAGACUGACCGUAUUAAGUUUUAUCGAGCGAUCUCGAUUAAGCUGCACAAAGGGGGUUACCGUGUGUUACGUUGCUACACCACUACUUGGCGAAAUCAGAACAUCUCUAAACGUAGUAUCGAUGGACAAUCUCCGGACUGGAAAAGCUUUAGGAGCAUCAUUCGCGCGCGUUUUAUCUAGAGCGGCAGUUGUCCUGCAAGUGACACGAAAUCUGUCCAUUCUUCUCCCUUAUAGAUAUAAUUGUGCAUAAUUUACAAGGUGCAAUCAUCUCACAUUAAUGUCAUAUGUAUAAAUUACUUGUGUAGAUGUUUCGAGUUUCUGUCUCAGCAGAAAGCUUUAGACGAUUGUCGGUCACAUUGCCCGAUCGAUCAAUCUUAUCGUUGUGUAUUUAAUUGAUGUGAUUCGUUUACGAUUCGUAAAAGAACUAGAGAGCUUGUAAAAAAAAAAAACUUUAAUGUAGAAUAGAGCUCGGUAUAUAUAGCUUAAUUUGUGACAUAUAUCCUUCAAUGAUUGGUAAAGUCGUACGAUAAAUUUCACUCAACAUGUAAUAAUAAUCGAUGACAUAUAUUUGGCGUAUUUUUAGUAACCUGAAUGCUUACGGAUCAAUCGUUUUUUAGUGUUCAUUUCACUACUGCCGUUAUUUUAAUGCAGUUCGUAUCGUGAAGAAUCUUUCUUGCGAAAAAAAAUUGCGUUUAGAUAUCUCGAUGCGAAAAUUAUCAUGUGAUUGACUUCUAGCAAAAAAAUCGAUACGGGAUAUAUAAUUCUAUAUACAAUGAAUAUCUUAUAGCAUACGUAAGGCUAAUCUUGAAAAUCUUAUCGAAAUAGGUUGCUCCAGCUUGUAAUCGGAUUUUACUUAAGUUUAUAGCUCUCUUUUUUUUCAGAGAUUUUUACUCAUUUGCAAUGUAAAAAUUUUAUUUGUAGCCUAUGCGUGAAUUACAACGUAGUUGUGGAAUAUAUAAAACAUGCGAAUCACCUUAUACAUUUCUUUUGUAUUUUACAUUCUUGAAAUAAAGUCAUGAUAUCCGUA